GCUGGCGGAAGUGACGUAACGGAGAGGUCAGGGGCCCGGGUCGGAAGCAGCUCGAGCGGCGAUGGACAACUCGGCCAAGGAGCGGGAGGCGAUGGGCCUAAUGGCCGAGGCCGAGAAGAAAGUCCGCUCGGCCCGCUCCUUCAUCGUCUCCUUGUUCGGGGGGUCUUCUAGGUUAGAAGAAGCAUGUGAAAUGUACGCCAGGGCUGCUAACAUGUUUAAGAUGGCCAAGAAUUGGAGUGCUGCAGGCAAUGCUUUCUGUGAAGCUGCUAAACUUCAUCUCCACUUGCAGAGCAAACAUGAUGCGGCUACCAACUUUGUGGAUGCAGGAAAUGCCUUCAAGAAAGCUGACCCCCAAGAGGCCAUUAAUUGUUUGAACAGAGCUAUAGAAAUUUAUACAGAUAUGGGUCGGUUUACAAUUGCAGCGAAGCAUCACAUAUCAAUAGCAGAGAUUUACGAGAGUGAGUUGGUGGAUAUCGAGAAGGCAAUUGCACAUUAUGAACAAGCAGCUGAUUAUUACAAAGGUGAAGAGUCUAACAGUUCUGCAAACAAGUGCUUACUGAAAGUUGCUACGUAUGCUGCGCAGCUUGAACAGUAUCCCAAAGCUGUCGAGAUAUAUGAGCAGGUAGGCACCACGGCCAUGGACAGCCCACUCUUAAAGUACAGUGCCAAAGAAUACUUCUUCAAAGCUGCUCUCUGCCACUUUUGUGUCGAUAUGUUAAAUGCUAAGUUGGCAGUCACAAAAUAUGAGGAAAUGUUCCCAGCCUUCUCCGAUUCCAGGGAAUGUAAACUGGUCAAGAAAUUGCUCGAUGCCUUUGAGGAGCAGAAUGUCGAUGGCUACACCGAUGCAGUGAAGGAGUAUGAUUCCAUCUCCAGGUUGGAUCAGUGGUUGACUACAAUGCUUCUUCGUAUCAAGAAGACCAUUCAGGGCGAAGAGAGUGAUUUGCGUUAAGGAGUAAUCAUUUAUAUAAUAGCAACUGAAGGGGAAAAAUGUCAAUCCAACCAGUGAGGGGGAGGGGGGGAUGGAUAAAGAAUUUUUUUUCUUUAAAAACAGAAUCAAAAACUAUAAACUGCAAAUCAAAGCUGCAGGGACAUUCCAGAAUUGGAAAUUUUGGACAAUUGUUUGGCAUUUAUUAGUCAUGCCCAGCUGAACCUGUAAGCAAAUGAGCUCUGUUUCUUGAAACAGUCCUGUUGUAAGCUAUAACUUUUGCUCCCCCUCUUUUUUACACUAUCCUUCUCACGUGUAUAAAUGGUGUUUGCUUGUUUUAAAUUUAUAGCAUUAACUUGAUAACAAAACUAGAGGAAGAGAAAAUGCCUGGUGAUUGCCCAAUUCACUCCGCACAGUCUGUCAACAUGCAUCUUUCGUUUGUCGAUUAGUAGAUCACGGUCUUAAAAUCCCAUCUCAAACCAGAGUGCAGGCCUCUGGCAGGAUUGUUUUUGGCUGUGAUGCCUGCUGCCAGUUAAGUAGCCAGCUAUCGAGGGCUUGUGUGUUCCUGCUGGGACAGUUUAGCUGAGAAAUUGAGAGAAAUGGUUUGAGAUUUGGCCCAAGUGCGUGGUGGUUGGGGGGGAGGUGGUGUAACAUUGUGCUGGUGGUAGAUUAAGUUGUAACCUUUGUUUUAAUCUGAAGUUUCCAGUAUGCCACUCAGUGAAUGCUGUUGAAUAUUGCUUUUUUUGGGGGGGGGGGGGGUGUUUAAGGGCAGCAAUUUUUCCCAUUCGGUGCAGACAUGUCAUCCCAUUACUUGGAGCUCUCGGGGCGAUGUAGGUUUACUGUGCAAAGAAAUCUGAUGGGAUGAAGCCCAAAUCUUAGAUUGGCAAGUGUGUGCGUGUGUGGAUUAGACAUUCAGCCAAUUGUAACCAUUGUAUAAAUGCACAAUAUGAUAUUUUAAAAUCUGAAUAAAUGAAGUUUCACCUAA